AUGUUCCUCUCAGCCUCCCUAGUCUCAAGACGGUGCAGCUUUGUCACAUUACAUGCUGCUGCUGGAGUGGCAGCAGCACUGGCUACCCUGCAGGUCACAGCACCAAGCCUAGCACACCUCAGUUUCCAAAUCACUGCUGAAUAUAAAUUCGGUAGCGACACUAAUGAGCAUGAUGGAAUUACCUUCACGUACGGCGCAGUUGGCAGCUUUGAUUAUAAUAACAUUGCAUCUAAUCGCGGAGGGGAAAGUUGUUCUGGAUGGGACAGCAGCAGCAGCAGAACGGAAAGGGGCAAAGGGAUUAUAAGGAAGCCGGUAAAAGAGAAGGUGCCGAGUUGCUUGUCUUCGCAGCUUAAGGUGAUUGAAAUCAGGGGUUUGAAUGGCUUCGAUAAUGAGAUUCAGCUCGCCCUUGCGUACUUGCUGAAGAACGGGGAGGUACUGAGCGAGUUGAAUCUCCAUUUUACGAGUGCUGAUCCGGUAUGGACCUCAGCGAUCGGGGAAGCCUUGCUCGUUCUGGAGAGGGUCUCAUCCGACUGUCGAGUUACAGUUGCAACUCGCUAG